AUGUAUAUUUCUAGCCUACAUGGCUGCCACCUAAAGGAGUUGCUCAAGGACAAACACGUCCUUGUGCUCUUCAUUGUGUUGGCCAAUGCUUGCCUUUGGGUGGGUCAUUGGCUGCGUAUCUUCAAGGAGUCACUGUCAGUUAUCGUCCCGAAGCCGAACAAGCCCUCCUAUGCAGUGCUGAAGGCUUUCAGGCCUAUUGUACUCCUCAUCACUUUUGGUAAACUUAUCGAGAAGAUGAUUGCCAACAGGAUACAGUUUGACACUGUCAAACAUGAUAUCUUCCACCCAAACCAGCUUGGCGGCAUUUGCCAAAGGUCUACUGAGGAUGCUGGAUUGAUCCUGAUCCAUCUUGUGCGAGCGGGGUGGGUUAAGGGUCUCCAGACUAGCACACUGGCUUUUGGCAUUGCACAGUUCUUCCCUUCUAUCAACCAUGACAUGUUCAUGGCUGUCCUACACAAGCAAGGGUUUUCGCCAAUUUUGGUGGAUUUCUUUGCUUCUUACUUAGUUGGUCGCUCCACAGUUUACUGUUGGAACACCUUCCAAUCUGACCCGCAGUCUGCGGACAUGGGUGUCAGGCAGGGCUCUGCUCUCUCACCUGUUAUCUCUGGGCUCUUCAUUGCCCUGGUAAUGAAGCUCUUCUACAUCAAGGCGGCACCGCUGAACAUGACGCUGCUCUCCUUCAUGGAUGAUGGGACCAUCUUGGCCCAGUCCAAACAACUCGAUGAUAAUAAUGUGGGCCUGUAUGCCUACAAUCCCUCGCUGGAUUUGGGGUAUGCCCCACAUACAGGUGAUACACCUUUGAAACCCAAGACCUAUUGGAAGUACCUGGGCUUCUAUUUUGAUCACGGGCUCACAUUCCAUGAGCAUGUUCACUAUUAUGCCACCAAGGCAUUCACCACUGUGCAGGCCAUGUGCAUGCUCAGAAACUCUACCAGAGGUCUUUUGCCCAAACAGUGGUGCCUCCUUUACAGAUCUUGUGUGGUCCCCAUCGCCACGUACGGUUAUUGUCUCUGGUAUUUCAAUGGUGCCCGCAACAAAGGUGCCAUGAACCAGCUUAAACAGAUGCAGCAGAAAGCUGCUCUAUGGAUUACAGGUGCCUUCUGCACCUUGCCCACAGGCGGCCUUGAAGCUCUAGCAGGUCUCAUCCCUGUCCAUCUCAUGCUGAAGAAGCUGGUGACACAUGCAGUGUAUCGCAUUGCUACCCUCUCAGACACUCAUCCUCUUUGCUCCAUGAUGGGCAAGAGACUCCUCAAACAGGCUGAACCACAUGCCCGCUCUGCCGCCCUGAUGACCCCUGCUAUGCGAGGGAAAGUCAAGAGUACUGUGAUGGAGGUGGACGAGCGUGUCCACACCUUAACUGAGAGCUUUGAGCUUUUUGCGCCUGAAGCUCGCCCCAGUGAUCGGUUACUGGACCGGUAUGCAGACUGUAUCCACUUUGACAAGUGCGAUCCUACUCAGGAUAGGCGCCCACACCUUGACAAGCUCAUCGCUGCUGUGAGAGCUGACCCUCUGACAGUACUGGCUGCAAUUGAUGGCUCUGUCCCUCAGUCUAACCAGUAUCAGACAGCUUCAGCUGCCAUCAUUUACAAGGGACAUUGCGAGCUUGAAAGGACUCACUAUGUCUCUGGCAGAGUUACUGCCCCAGAUGUGGAGUUUAAUGCCAUUGCAUGUGCAGUGCGCCUUGCUGUUAAGCAGGCAAACUGCCAACAUUAUGAGGCCUUUUUAAAGGACUCAUUCUUUAUCAGCCCAGGACUUAGGCAGAAUUUUUAUUCAUUGAUUCACUCUUCAACACUGCAGCAAAAACCUUCCAAAAAAGGAAAUUUUGAUCAAAAAGAUAGAGAUUCUUUGGGGCCUCCCGAAUCUUUUUAG